AUGGCACCGACGGCGUGUUUCAACUGCAAAGAGGCGCGAGCCGUCAUUAUCCGGCCUAAGAAUAGGCACAAACUAUGCCGUGCUUGUUUCAUCAAUAUUUUCGAGACCGAAGUACACGAAACCAUCAUUGGCGCGAACCUCUUCUUCCCCGGCGAGCGAGUAGCGAUCGGAGCCAGCGGUGGAAAAGACAGCACAGUACUAGCAGCCGUACUUAAAACCCUCAACGAGCGAUAUAACUACGGACUGGACCUAUGUCUACUGUCAAUCGACGAGGGCAUCCGCGGCUAUCGCGAUGACAGUCUCGAGACCGUGAAGCGCAACGCCGUGCAAUACGAGAUGCCGCUUGAUAUCCUUGGAUACAGCGAGCUAUACGGCUGGACGAUGGAUCAGGUGGUGGAACAAGUGGGCAAGAAGGGUAACUGCACGUACUGCGGUGUGUUCCGUCGGCAGGCGCUCGACCGAGGCGCCGCCCGCUUGGACAUCAAGCACGUUGUCACGGGCCACAAUGCGGACGAUGUUGCGGAGACUGUUAUGAUGAAUCUCCUGCGUGGUGAUCUGCCCCGUCUGUCGCGCGGUACUAGCAUCGUCACUAGCUCCGAUGCUUCGGACAUCAAGCGCAGCAAGCCUCUCAAGUACGCUUACGAAAAGGAGAUCGUUCUCUACGCCCACCACCGUCAGCUCGACUAUUUCACUACUGAAUGUAUCUACUCGCCUGAGGCAUUCCGCGGUAGUGCGCGUACCCUGAUCAAAGAUCUUGAGAAGAUUCGUCCCAGUUCGAUCCUCGAUAUUGUCAAGAGUGGCGAGGACAUGGCCGCGCUUGUGCCGGUGGAAGUCCGGGGUGUUGGAAAAUCCAAGCAGUCCGGUGCGGAGGAGGAAUCGGCUGGUGGCUGUGGUAGUCAAAAUGGCCGAACCAGUGGAGGGGAGAUGGCUGCAAUGGAGAAGCAGCUCACUGAGAACGACGAGGCCGAGUCGCUCGAGACCGAAAUCAAGCUUCCUAACGGCUCACGCGUGAAGGCGAAUCGCGGCCCGACCGGUAAAGCGGUCAAGGCGCAGACUAUCAAACACUGCGAACGCUGUAACUACAUUUCCAGCCAGCGGAUUUGUAAAGCGUGCACGCUGCUCGACGGUCUCAACCGCAACCGACCCAAGACUGCGAUCGAAGUUGGUGUUAGCAUGGAAGACGAAGAAAGCAGUUCAACUUUGAUGAGACAAAUGGAGCGCGCCCAGCUCAGUGCUACCUGA